GUUGCGAUCUUUCCCAGGCAAAAACACCGCAGAGAGACUUUUUAGCAGCAGGUAAUUGCGACCCGGGCGGCUAUAAAAACAGAGACCCCUCGCACAUCCCCCGUCCUCAACACAACACACAACAAAUCGAACCCAAAGCACUCGCCUCGACCACACUCCACUUCUUCCAACAACAAACAACAAAUCGUUCACAAUGUCUGGCACUCAAGAGAAGCUUGGAGUCUGCGAAUGCGGUGUUGGCUGCGGCUGUGACGGAGCACACGGCACCGCCUGCAAAUGCAACUCGGCGGACGUCAAGGCCAAGGCUGAGAGCAAGAAGGAGAGUGCGCACUGCACAUGCGGGACAAAGUGUGUAUGCCCUGCGCAAAACGAAAAAUGCAACUGUGGUGAACCCGAACGGAAGGUCGCCGACCACUCUUGUUCGUGCGGAUCCGCUUGCAAGUGUCCCAAGGGUCAAUGCAGACAAGCAACCCAGUCGGAGCGGCGGCUCGCGGACCUCAGGAAAGAGCUGCCCAUAUACACCUACAGGGACGAGCUGCUGGCCGCUAUUGAGGAGUAUCAGUUUCUGAUCGUGGUCGGAAGUGGGAAAACGACGCAGUUACCACAAUACGUGGUUGAGGGACUUCCAGCUAUCCGCAAUGUAUGCAUAACGCAGCCGCGCAGGAUAGCUGCCAUAUCCGCCGCCCGACGAGUCGCCGAGGAGACGGGCACUCGUGUUGGCGACCUUGUUGGGUACUCGAUCCGCUUUGAAAAGCAAUCCUCUUCCUCGACUCGGUUGCUCUAUGUCACAGACGGUACCCUGCUUCGGUAUGUGGCUACGGACCCACAAGUCCGGGCCUAUGACCUCAUUAUUCUCGACGAAGCGCACGAACGGAGCUUAGAGACAGAUAUCUUGUUUGCGCUACUUCGCCAGGCAUGCCGACUACGUCCGGAAUUGAAAGUGGUCAUAAUGAGCGCGACCUUGGAGAUUGAUCGUUUCGCGGCGUAUUUUGGGGAUGCACCUGUAUUCUCCAUUCCUGGCAGAAUGUACGCGGUAGACAUUUUUUGGCAAAAGAAGAUGAAGCUGGGCGCGGCAAAGGCCACCUUCCUGAGACGAGCUGUCGACACCGUGUUGCAUAUACACAAAAACGAGGAGCCUGGUGAUGUCUUGGUCUUCCUCACAGGGCAACAGGAAAUCGAGCAGGCUACCCGCCUCUUCCAAGAAGCCCACGAAGAGUUAGACUACGACGAAGUCCGUUAUCGGAGCACAGUCCGCGACGUCGCCAUCUUCCCGAUCUACUCCUCCCUCGAGACCCUGGAACAGCGCGCAAUCUUCGAUCAUGCCCCCGACGGCGUGCGUAAGAUCGUGUUCGCGACUAACAUAGCUCAGACGAGUGUAACGAUACCUGGAAUCAGAUACGUGGUGGAUUCAGGUUUUGUCAAGCAGAAAAUGUUUGACGCGCAGACUGGUGUAGAUGCGCUGGUCGUUGUGCCGAUCAGUCAGGCCGCGGCGACUCAGAGGGCUGGUCGGGCAGGAAGAACUGCGAUGGGCAAGGUAUACCGCCUGUACUCGCGAGAAGCGUUCGAGGGAAUGGACCCGGCCACCAUUCCCGAAAUCCAACGGAGUUCAUUGAUUGGGACCGUGCUGUCGAUGAAGAAGAUGGGCAUAGAAGACAUUAUCAACUUUGAAUUCAUCGACCCGCCAGAUCCGGAACUGAUCGUCGCGGCCAUCAAGUCCCUUUUCCUAUUGGGCGCCGUCGACGAGCAUGGGCAUCUCGCGCAGCUCGGUUCCAAAAUGGCCGAGCUCCCCAUCUCGCCUUUCCUGUCGCGCGUGCUUAUCUCGGCUUCCCUGGACUUCCACUGUGCUUCUGAGGCUCUCACCAUUGUGUCCAUGCUUUCCGUGGAAGAGGUGUUUACAACUCCGCGCGGCAAACGUAAGCAGGCGGAGGCGGAGGAGAUCCGUCAACGGUUCCAUGAUGCAACGGGGGACCACCUGACGUUGUUGAAGAUCUACCAGGAAUGGGAGAGCGACGAUUUCUCGAAGGAUUGGGCGUACGAUCAUUACCUACAUUACCGCGCCAUGAAAGCUGCCCGAAAAGUCCGGGAGCAGCUAACGGAAGUAAUGCACAAGCUCGGUCUGCCUGUCGAUUCCUCUGUUGCAUCUAGAGAUCAUGACGAGCGCGACAGAAAGCGGAGGAGGAGAUUGGAUGGCCGCAGCACUCAUCUGCGUCCAUCCCUGGAUCCCACACCCAUUCUACGCGCUUUCUGCACCGCAUUUUACGUCAACACUGCAAAACGGCAUACCCAACGCGCCGUAUUCUACCCGUACGCACCGAGUGUAGCCCACAAGUCCUCAUCAUUAGCACCCACCUCAACAAACACACAAACCCGAUCCGCAUCCCAAAUGCUGGCCCUUACCCUCCACCCUCAAUCCUCUCUCGCAGCAAGCUCACACCCGCAAUGCGAUUUCGUGAUCUACAACGACGUGCAAUACGUCAACCGCGCCAACAUGCGCACCGUCAGCAAGAUCCGGUUCGAGUGGGUUGAGGUGUUGAUGGGCAGGCUGGGUUUGGUGGAUGAGGACCGGCUUGCGGGUAACGUUGCAGGGCAUCACGAAGGACGGCGUCCGAGCAUCUCUAUCUCGGAGGUCGCUCAGCUCACCGCUGACGAUGAGAAAAGCGAUGAAGGCAGCCAAAAAGGCGACGGCGAGACAACCACACCCGCACCGAAACCGGAAUUCGAGCUGGUACACGAAGUCAUCGACGAAGCACACCAAGUCGAGCGAUCAUUCGGUGAGGAGAUCGGCAAAGGCGCCGUUGUCUCGCCAUUGGUUGACGCAAACGAGGGGAGUAGCGGGCUAGUCAGUCCACGACCGCACACGCACCCCCAUAUUGCUGUUGGCGGGCAUAAAGAGGAGGCGGUGGUGGAUGAGGAAGCGAGAAAGAGGGAGGAGGCUGUCAGGGCGGCUAAGGAACGGUAUCUCAAGCGAAAGGCCGGACGUAGUUGAUGGGAGAGCAGGCAGAUGCUCAGGUAGUCUAUUUACGUAUAGGCAGUGUUUGUAACUUCUAGAUACAUGCUGUUGCGCAGAUUGCCAUGAGGGCGUCUGUCUCUUCUAUGGCUGAUACGGGAAUGAGUGUAACUGCGGACGACGAGGUGCUGAAAAGCUCGCGUGAUUUCAAUGCUGUGUUUUCGUUUGGGAGUAUGCGGGUUAAAGUUCGCUGCACAAUGAUGAGCGACAGUAGGAGGGGUUCCAUACCUUGAGAAACCCAGCUUUUCGGC